AUGGUGGCCAUAGUGGCUGUGGGGACCAUCACUGCCCUGCUCCGGGCCCUGCUGCUCCUCGGGGAGGGGCUGCACUUGGCCCCCACCCUGGGGCUGCUCCAGGACCCCCCCACUGUCUACGAGGGACCCCCCGGCAGCUACUUCGGCUUUGCUCUGGAUUUCUACACCACGGAGGGAAGGCUCGCCGUGGUGGUGGGGGCCCCUCGAGCCAACACCUCCCAGCCCGGCCUGGUGGAGCCCGGAGCCGUCUUCCUCUGCUCCUGGCCCCCCGGAGAGACCCUUCCCUGCCACCCCCUCCCCAUCGACACCACGGGGGAUGAGACCGAGACCCAGAAUAACCUGAGGCUCCACACCUACAAAUCCCACCAGUGGCUGGGGGCAUCUGUCACCAGCUGGGACGGCAAACUGGUGGCCUGUGCCCCGCUGCAGCACUGGAACGCUCUAGAGGGGCACUUGGAAGCUUUCCGAACCCCCACGGGCUGCUGCUUCCUCCUGGCCCCCGGCCCCCGCACCACCGCCUGGUACUCGCCCUGCCGGGACCGCAUCAUGGCCGGCGCCUACCGGAACAGCGACUACGCACACGACCAACGCUACUGCGAGAUCGGCUUCAGCGCCGCUGUCACCGCGGACGGCACACUGGUGCUGGGGGCCCCCGGCGGGUAUUACUUCACGGGGCUGCUCUACUCCGUGCGCUUGGACUCCCUCCUCUCUCGUUUCCACGGGCGGUCCCUGCUCUGGCCCGAGCGCCCGGGGCGACCCACGGAGGAGCCGCUGUCCAGCGACUACGAGGACGGGUACCGGGGGUACUCGGUGGCCGUGGGCGAGUUUGAUGGCGACCCCAGAACUAAAGAGUACGUGGUGGGGGUCCCCAACAAGAGCAACACGAGGGGAGAGGUGGAGAUCUUCAGUGCGGGGGUGACCCUGCGCCGGCUGAAGGGCAUCGCCAGUGAGCAGGUGGCUUCGUACUUCGGGCACACGGUGGCCGUGGCUGAUGUCAACGGGGACGGGGAGGACGAUUUGCUGGUGGGGGCCCCCCUGUUCCUGGCCCGGCGCCCCGAUGGGCAGCGCAGCGAGCUGGGCCGCCUCUACCUCUACCUGGGGGGGGGGCAACGGCUCCUGGCCCGGCCCCCCCAGACCCUGACGGGCACCCACCCCUACGGCCGCUUCGCCGCUGCCAUCGCCAACCUCGGGGACCUGGACAAGGACGGCUACGGCGACGUGGCGGUGGGUGCCCCGUGGGGGGGUGAAGGUGGCAGCGGGCAGGUCCUCAUCUUCCGCGGACAGAGCGAGGGUCUGGCACCCACCCCCACCCAGCGCCUGGACAGCCCCUUCCCCGGCCCCGCUGCCUUCGGGUGUGCCCUGCGAGGAGGCACCGACCUGGACGGCAACGGGUACCCGGAUCUGCUGGUGGGGGCUUAUGGGGCAGCCAGGGUGGCCGUGUACCGGGGACAGCCCGUGGUGGUGGCCCAGGCCCAGCUGAGUGUCCCCGAUGGGCUGAACCCCAAGGUCCUGGACUGUGUCCUGCCAGACUCCGGUGCCCGUGUCAGCUGCUUCCCUGUGGUGCUGUGUGUCACCGUGAGGGGACAGAGCAUCCCCUCGAACAUCUCCCUCGAGGCCGAGCUGCAGCUGGACCGGCUGAAGCCGAAGCUGUCCCGGAGGGUCCUGCUGCUGCAGGGCCACCAAUCCUCCUGGCAUGGGACACUGGUGCUGGCCCCGGGGACACCCCCCCAGUGCCACAACCUCACCAGCUACCUGCGGGACGAAGGUGACUUCAAGGACAAGCUGAGCCCGGUGGCCCUGAGCCUGUCCCUGUCCCUGCCCGGGAGGGCCCCAGGGAUGGUGCUGUAUGGGGACACACUGGUGCAGGCACAGACCCACCUCAUCCUUGAGGACUGUGGUGAUGACAAUCUCUGUGUCCCUGACCUGCACUUGGCUGCCCACACGCCCAGCAGACGCCUGCUGGUGGGGGCUGAGGCCGUGCUGUCCCUGAGGGCCACUGCCACCAACACGGGUGAAGGAGCCUUCGAGGCUGAGCUGAGGGUGCAGCUGCCCCCCGGCACCCACUACCAGGCAGCCCGCAGCAGCAUCCUGGGGCAGGAGAAGCUGAGCUGUAACCCCCGGAAGGAGAACGGGACCCACGUGGUGGUCUGUGAGCUGGGCAACCCCAUGAAGGGGGGCACCCGGAUCACGGUGGAUGUGGAGCUGAGCGUGGCUGGGCUGGAGGACAUGGGUGACACCAUCACCUUCCAGCUCCAGCUGCGGAGCAAGAACAGCCCCAGCUCUGCCAACGCCUCGGUGACAGUGAUGGUGCCGGUGGAGGCAGAGGCGGAGAUGGAGCUGAGGGGCACCUCUCUGCCAGCCACCACAGUGGUGCCGGGGAGCUGGCAGAGGGUGGAGGGCAGCCGGCGGCUGGAGGACCACGGCCUCAGGGUGGAGCACGUCUACCAGCUCCACAACAAGGGUCCCGGCACCGUCAGUGGUGUCACCCUGCACCUGGAUGUCCCCAACCUGCUGGGUGGCCACGUCCUGCUCUACCUGCUGGAGCUGGGCACCGAGGGGGGCAUGAACUGCACCCAGCCCCCCGGCCUCAACCCCCAGCAGCUGGAGCUCCCCCAGCCCGUGGGUGCAGCCCCCCGCAAUGGCACCCACCGGAGGGAGCGACGCGAGGCGGAGGAGACCCUCCCCGUGGACUGCAGCAAUGCCACCUGCGUGGCUGUCACCUGCUGGGUGCCCAGCCUGGGCAGGGAGCAGCGGGCGCUGGUCAGCGUGCGGGGCCUGCUCUGGAUGGACACCCUGCAGCAGCCGGAGCACCUCCUGAAGCAGUUCCUCAUCCAGUCCCGAGCCUGGUUCAACACCUCGGGCAUGCCUUACCGCGUCCAGCCCCGCGUCCUGCCCGCCGGGGAGGCCAGGGCUGUCACCGAGGUGGUGCGCACCAGCCCCGGGGGGGACGGGGCCGUGCCGGUGUGGUGGGUGGUUCUGGGGGUCCUGGCCGGGCUCCUGCUCCUCACCCUCUUCAUCCUCCUCAUGUGGAAGCUGGGUUUCUUCAAGAGGACACGGCCACCAACUGAGGAGGACACGCAGGAGCUGGCGCCCGGCCAGGACCAGGAGUCGGGGGGUCCCCAGAGCUAGGGGGGUACCCCAAGGUUGGCCCCGCGCCCCCGCCCCACGGCACAGCCCCGGGCACAGUCCCCGUGUCCCCAGCACCCUGGGUGACAUCUGGGGACACAGCCCCCACUGUAGCCCGUGACAAUAAA